AUGGAUUCUCAGGAUCCGUCUGCACCACCCCCACCGUUUCGUCCCCACCACCCUCAACAAACCCCAACCAUCUAUGCGGGUCACGCUCAAACCCAACACCCCAACAACUCUUACACCAUUUCCAGCAACAAUAAUUCUGCCACCACCACUGCAACUAUGAUGCAACAACAAAAUCUGUACCCUUUUAACACCAUGGCUUCUGCCUCUGCGUCCAACCCACUGGAUCAUCACUACUCUGAUAAAUUGGCUUCAGGUGGCAGUGGGGAGGCUGGAGGGUUAAGCAUUGAGUCUGCCAGAAAGAAAAGAGGACGCCCCAGAAAGUACUCACCUGAUAACACCAUUGGGCUUGGUCUGUCCCCUGAUCCUGCCACCAAGAUUUCCUCUGCUGUGGCCCUCACUGAUUCUGGUGGUGAGACGCCAUUGUUUGAAACUGCUGCCAAGCGCAACCGUGGUAGGCCUCCCGGUUCCGGAAAGAGACAGUUGAAUGCUCUAGGAGCACCGGGAGUUGGAUUUACACCACAUGUUAUUACCGUGAAUGUGGGUGAGGAUGUAGCUUCAGAGAUCAUGGCUUUCUCGCAGCAAGGACCACGUACUGUUUGCAUUCUAUCUGCUAAUGGUGCCAUAUGCAAUGUCACCCUUUGCCAACCAGCAAUGUCCGGUGGCACAAUAACAUAUGAGGGUCGAUUUGAAAUCAUCUCUCUGUCAGGUUCCUUCUUCCGGUCAGAGAGUAAUGGUAACUGCAGCCGAACUGGUGGUCUGAGUGUCUCACUGGCUGGGUCAGAUGGUAAAGUUUUGGGUGGUGGAGUUGCAGGAAUGCUUAAAGCAGCAUCACCAGUACAGAUUGUGGUGGGCAGCUUCAUUGCUGAUGGGAAAAAACCGAAGUCUGGGCCGUCUGUGGCUACACCUGUGCAUAUGUUGAACUCCCGUGCUCCAGCGAUAGGGGCCGGUCCUUCCUCAAGUGCUUCAAGCGAUUCAUCUGGGGAGAAUGACGGUGGCUCUCUUAAUCAUGGCUCAGAACCUUACAGUGAACAGCAAAUUCCGAAUAUGCCAAUGUAUUCGAAUAUGGGUUGGCCGAAUUCCACCAUCAAAAUGUUUCCUAAUUAA